UACAGCGAACGAGGAAUGCCCUCGGCUGGUCCACCUCUGCGAUUGCAACUGAUUAGCUCUCGUAUUGUGGACUGGUAGCUCGACGGGGAUACGCCCACCGAUGGGAGGUGUCAGCUCCCGUAAGGUGGAGGUAAGUCGUGCCUCACGUAGGCCCUAUCCUGUCGUAGGGGCUCGCGAGAGGCGAUUGGUCAAAAUGCCAGAGGAGAUGGCAGAUGGCGGGAGGAAGCUUGUGACUCUCAACGACCUCAUCGAUGCCCUGGACAAGCGCGAGAGGGCGCCGAGCAAUGUCCCGAAGGUCGAGACAUUUCACUUCAUGGGGGAUCGGGUAUCUGAUUGGUUGGAUCUGACAGAGCAGGCGCUGGUGGGACUGUUAGAUGAAGUCAAGCUCCAGCGGGUCCUGAGCCAGGGAGGGGGCCAAGGGUAUGGGAGGGCCCGCUUCGACUGGCGAAACGCAACUUGUUGGCAUUGUGGCGAGGUGGGCCACAUUGUACGAUUCUGCCAACAGCGGCCGGAUGACGAGUUGGCAGGACUAAUCUCCACCUGUAUGGAUGGGGACAUAUACGAUCGGUGGGGAAAGCACAUUGAUCCCAAGACCUCGGGAGGAAUCAGGCAGGAAGCCCUCAGGCGAGCAGCAGCAGGGCCUCCAACGGCCCCAGCAAUGUUCAGGAUAUGGCAGAAAAGGCAAGAUCCGGGUGUAAGAGUCGAGGAGAUUGUGGGUGAAAAUGAGGAAGUGACUCAGCAGCUGAAGGCGAGGACUAUAAAGGAGGUGCCCAUAGUUGUUGAGUCUGACGAUGAGGCGCAGGAAGUGGUGAGGGAGUUAGCCUCGACCAUCCUGGAGAGGAUGGAGGAUCUGCUCACAAAGGUUGGCAGGUAUCAGGAACGGUUGAGGGCGAUGUGUGAGAAGGCGUGGGAAUGGGAAAUGAGCCUCCCUCAGGUAAUGCUGUAUGGGUCCGGUCCGAAGUCAUCAUCAGGACCGCAAGGGUGUCCAAGCGUGGCGACGGCCGGGGCAGGUCCUAGGUCAGGGAUGACCUUCAGACCCCCUACGUCACAUGGAAGGGUACUACAGGCCGUGCAGACUAGGGGCCAGAGUAAGGCUACUACCAGUCAAGGGCCUAGCCAGGCACCCAGUCGGGCGCCCUCUCGAAAGGACCCUGAGCCCGAACGAAGGAAAGAAGUGGUAGAGGUUCAAGAAGAGGAAGAUGAGGGUGAUGAUGAAGAGGACGAGAGGCUCCGGCAGGAGGAGGACCGAAGAGCGGAACAGAGGGCCAAGAAGAGAGGGGCUCAGGGAGGGGCGGAGCCGAGCCUGCAUGAUGGGGUGCCAAAGAGGAAAAGGUACGCAGUCCGGCUGGAGGAAGGCUUUGACGUGGAGCGAAUAGUGGACAAGCUCCUGGAGGGCCAUAACGAUUUGAUGAACCUAAAGGACAUUUUGGCGUCGGCACCAAGGCUCCGUGGCGAGCUGAAGGGGCGGCUCUCACGAAGGCAUGAGGGGACGAUGAUUCUAGCUCUAUCCGAUCCAGCCUGCGGGAAUUACGAAAUUAUCAAGUGCCGGAACACAGGACCCGGAAGUGCGAGGAACAGGCUCAACCUUGGCUCCUUUACCUUCGAAGAGUCUGAGUACGCGCGGAGGAGACUCUGGGAGAAGCAGGAGGAGGAAGGACUGGGCGAGGUGCUGUCCCUGAGCCUUAACGAUGUGAAUAAGGCAAUGGAGGUGGUGGCGGCGCAUGAUAUGGAGGAUCCUGAGGCCAUAAAGUCAUUGAGGGAGCAGGCCCUACUUAUCUGGACGAGGCAGGCGGAGAGGCAGGUGGCCAAACAGGUUCGGGAGAGGGCUCAAGACUGGGAGGACUGUCAGGCCCAACUCAGGAGGGCAUUCGGACGACCACAACACGAGAGGCACGAGCCCAGGGUUGAGAGGCGACGGCGAAGCAAGAGGCCAAGAGAACCAACACCGAGAGAGGUGGGGCUGGCCAGAGAGAGGAGGAGGGCCCCAACACGGCAGGGGGAUGAGCUCGCAGGGCCCGCAUUGGCAGAGGAGUCGUUCCCCGCUUGUGGCCUCCGGGCAGUCGAGUUUCGGCGGAUUACGAGUGAGGAGUUGAGAUCGCCCCCACCAUUGCCAUCAACACAAGAGAUGGACAUACCAAGAGAGACGCCAUUCCGAAGCUUAGCGACUCAUCUCGAUGUAUCCCAAUGGGAGGCCUCACGGCUGGGAGAGGGCUCAGUCGAGCCGGCGUGCUACGUGCCGUUGGAGGAGCUCUUGGACCCCGAGAUGGAGACGGACAUGCGAGACCGAGGGGAGCCGCAGGAUCCUGAGGUGGCAGCCGAGCGGCCGGAUCCGCUUGUCGAGGAGAGGGCGAGGACUCGGAGCCAGGCCAGAGAGGUUGAGUGGGAGAGGAGAUUUAGGGAGAUGGUGGCUGCCGUGGAUAGGCUCUCGGCAGCCUGGGAGGCUAGCCAGGCGGGGCGAGCUGGUGCCGAUGGCCACGACAGAGGGAUGCGCGCCUCGCCGAGCCAGAGAGCAGCGGUGGAGGUCCCUCGACAGGCUGAGCCCGUGGAGGAGAUGCCCCUGGACACGGCCGGAGAGGAGGGUGGCGCACAGGAGUCACUUAUGGCUAUGUCCACGGAGAGGAGAGGUUCGCGUUUGCAUGAGCUGGCGGCAGCCAUGGGGAUAGGCACUCCACAGGAGAGGCCUCAGAGACUAGACGCUCCAGAGCAGGCCUCGAGGUUGGGAGAGUUGAGGGCGGACCUGGGCUCCUGGGCCACGGGGACGGACUCAGGAGGGUCCGACUCGUGGCAGCAGCAGCAGCAGGAGGUGAUGAGUGAGCCCACCACCAUGGUGAGCCCUCAGCCGUCAGGAUCAUGUGGGGAUGAGGUGGUGGUUGGGACAGAGAGGGCUCAUGAGGAGGGACCCCGAGAGUCGGGCACGCCAGACUGCAGGCCGACGAGCACAGCCGUACGAGAGGGUGAGGAUGCUGAGGCUAUGGUGCCCGGACCUCACGGCCAUAUGGGAUUGCCCUCGUGCCAGGGGGUGACCACUGAGACCAUGGAGAUGCCUCCGACGUCGAGUUCCCGGGGGAGAAAGAAGAAGACUGCCUGGUGGCACGAUACUUCCUGCUUUUGGUGCAAGGAGGGGCACAGAGUCGUGGACUGUUCAGAGCUUCUUGAGGAUAAGGCCGAGGGGCGGGUUGCAGAGGUCGACGGCAAGUUGUAUGACAAGCAGGGUAGGAUAGUAGAGCGAGCUCCAGAUGGGGGCAGGGCUCAGUUGUAUAGGCAGAACUAGGAGGAAUUAUGUAAGUAGGGACCGGUCUGUCUGUGUGUCGGUAGGGUUAUAAUAGUGCGCACACAAGGGGCGAAUUGGGGGUGUGCAUAUGUCUAAUUGGAUGAGGGGGCCCUAGAUGUGUGCACGUUUUAGAGGUAGUAGGAUGGGUCCUCGCCUGCUUGUACAUAUAUAGUUGACUGAGUAUUUUUUUAUUUUUUUUGAGUUUUUUCUUCCAUAGGCUACGGCUUAGGGCAUGAGAGUCGGCCGUAGGACACAUGGGGCUAGUCAGUCCACUUUUGAUUUCACAGUGCGGAGACUACUUGGGUUUGAGAGAGACUUGGGUAUGAGUUUUCCCUAGUUAGGUGAGGCAGAGGGUUAGGCACCCAUUAGA